AUGCAUUUGGUUAACGAAAAAUUCUACCUGAGUAUCCUCGGACUGGGAGCCUUGGCCUCCCUCGCUCUCAGCGACAAGCUGCCGGUUUCAUACAGCGGUCCCACUGGAGGAGGAGCUGUGUCUCUGGUGCCCGGAGGACCCGUUGACCUCUCGGGCGGCGGAAGCAUCGUCGCGGCUGGCGGUGGCGUCGUCGGCAUCCUGGACGGCCCAGGCUUUGGAGGAGCUGGCGCUGGAGCAGGAAGCUUCGGAGGUGCCGGAGGCUUCGGAGGUGCUGGCACAGGAGCUGGAGGCUUCGGAGGUGCCGGCGUAGGAGCUGGAGGCUUCGGAGGUGCCGGCGUAGGAGCUGGAGGUUUCGGAGGUGCCGGCGUAGGAGCUGGAGGCUUCGGAGGUGCCGGUGCCGGCGUAGGAGCCGGAGGCUUCGGAGGUCCCGGCGUAGGAGCUGGAGGCUUCGGAGGUCCCGGCGUAGGAGCUGGAGGCUUCGGAGGUCCCGGCGCAGGAGAUAGCGGUUUUGGAGGAGCUGGCGCAGGAGACGGAUUUAACGGAGGAGACUCCGGCAGCAUCGGCGCCACGUCCGGAGGCGGCCCCCAGGGCAGCGUGAUCCACGGCCUCCGCCCCAACGAGGUGGUGCACUCCGUGUCGCACGCCAACCUGGUCCAGACGUCCUUCGACCUGGGUAGCGACGACCACUCCCCCGGCGUGCCCGGAGGCCCCGUCAUCCUCGGCGGAGGCUCCGGCGCAGGGCUCCUGGUAUCCGACGGCGUCCCCGUGGCGCUCGGAACUGGCCACCGAAGGACUCCUUACGGAAACAAGUGA